AUGGGUUGGAUCAGUGGAGACUCCCAAAUUCAGGCAGCGUUUUCCCAAUUAUUUGGGGAGCUCUAUUCUUCUAUUGGCCCAAGAAGUUGGGGUAACUCGCUGAAUGCUAUUCAAGGCCAGAUUACUAGUGAUCAGAAUCUUUCCUUGUCCAAGCCUUUCUCUACGGAGAAAAUCUUUCUCGCCAUGAAACAGCUCGGCAACUUGAAAGCUCCAGACCCCGGUGGCUUUCUGGGGCUGUUUUACUUGAAAAAUUGGGAAGUAGUGCGAGAAAAUGUUAACAUAGUGGUUUCGAUGUUCAUAAAAGGUAAUGUCUCAAUGGAGAAUAUCAGCAAGACGAAUAUUGUCCUUAUUCCCAAAGUCCCUCAUCUGGAGUUGCCCUCCCAGUUCAGACCUAUAAGUCUUUGCAAUGGUUCUAUGACUUCUAUAAAGAUCAUUUCGAAGUUGAUUGCCAAUCGGCUCAAACCUCUGCCCCCGUCGCUCAUCUCCGAGAAUCAGAAUGCUUUUGUCCCUGACAGGCAAAUCCAGGACAAUCUGAUAAUAGCUCAUGAAGCUUACCAUUACCUAAAGCUAAAUAAGACUAAGAAGACCUUUGAAUUUACUCUCAAACUGGAUAUGAACAAAGCUUAUGAUAGAGUUGAGUGA